AUGCCCGCCGUAAACUUUCACCACAACACCAUCACGGUGUCCGGAGAUUGCGAUGUCAAGUUGACACUUGAUGAUCAGAACAAUCCAGAUGAGCCCUUGUCUUUACUUUGCCCAGGCGAAACCAAAAAGGAUUUUACUGGAAAACUGGUUUGUGUUGAGCCCUACGGGACCUAUUCUACUAGGUCCUGGAGACUUUCACAGGGCAUGGAUGCUGCUGAAAAUGAAGACGUUACUGUGACGGAUCAAAGUAAGCAAAAUAUGAAAAGCGAAUAA